UUUUCCGCGUACGUUCUUCAGUGUGUCACCGAACGUCUCGGGGGAUGGAUCGUUUGUUUGUUCGUGCCGGUUAAUACAUAAUAUGUGCAUUUCGACGAUUACGGUUAUGCGCUAAACCGUAGCAUUGUGACUUUUCGUGUUUGGAGAAUAAUGUCGACUAAGAAUGGGUAACUUCGCCACGGUGGUGAAAUUGAGUGCCGCCCUCCUCUUCUGUCUUAUGGAUUCUGUUUGGUCUCAAGCUGAAUUUCAAGGAUGCGUCGAAGAUCCAGGAGGAUGCAAAAGAUGCAGAGGUGACACGUGCGCGAGAUGUGCAAUACUAUUACACAAAGGAAUCUGUGUUGAUAGCUGUCCACCUGGACAUACAGCAGACUGGUCGACGAGAGACGAAUAUAUGGGAAGAGUUUGUAAAGAGACUGGUUACAUCUUUGGACUGACAGGUAGUCAGGUCGCUAUCUUGGUGGGAGUUGUCUCCGGUGCAACCAUAUGUGUCUUCAUCGUUCUUUGCGGUGCUAUCAUCGUUCACAGAAAGAAGAAAAAAGCGACCAAGAUCGUACGGCAAUUUGAGAACAGUGCUGAGAGAGGAGAAUUCCUGAGGCAUCUUGCAACGUUAAGAGGUGAGGGACACACUUUCCUUUCCAUGCUGAACGACACUAGAAGACAAGUUAGAGAAUUAUAUUACUCCGGAAAUAACGGGGAUGGCGCAGUCGGCAUUCAAGCGUACAGACCUGUUCUCCGAGAUCUCGCAAGGAUAUUAGUCCUUGUAAAUAAAAAGGACGAAGACAUACAGUUACCUCCUGAUGACUGGCAGAGAUUAUUAUCUUGGGCAGAACGUUUGCUCAGAAGAUACAAGAGACACAGUAGCCCAGAAGUGGCUCAACUCGUGACAUUCCUGCAGCAUCCACCAAAUUCCGUCCAAACGAAUCCAACGGAGUCGGUAGUAAUAACACCACCGUCUCAACCGUUUGAACCUAGAAGUACGCCGACUAAUUUAACAACUUUUCAAGCUAACUUACCACUCGCUACUUUUCAAGCGAGCGACAAGUCCAGUAUUAGUCCAGCCAGUUCAAGUUUAGGAUAUGCCAAGGAUAGUCCACUUGGGUCGAGUUUAGGACAAAAUAGUUCCAUGCCCUAUCACGAUAAACUCGGACGUAACAACGAGUCUACGAUGGGACAAAUGACUCCUUUGGUUUUUGGCAUGCAAAAAAAACUGAAAUCAAAUGGAUCACAUUUUCAGGAAUUAGCCAUAUCGGUGUUCAAUAAUCAUAACGGUGGUGCUACGUUACCAGAUAUCAAUCGCGGAUCUAAUCCUCGUGAAACUAGCGUUCUCGAUCGUGAAAUCAAUCCUCAAUGGGAAUUUCAAAGCGCUGUUGAAGCUGCUAAUUAUACCAUAUUGUCCGAUAGAUUACCCGAUUGUGACUACCUCAUAGAUGAUUUCACGAUCCUUGGCUUCAGGCCACAAGAUGAAAUUACUACCGAAUUGUAACGAAUUUAGAUAUACAAAUAGUAUAUAUAUAUAGAUAUAUAUCGAUAUUAUUUCUAUAGAUCAAUAGAAAAAAAAAUCGUUCAAAUAUGUAUGAACAAUAUUCGAUGAAAAAAUUAAUGAAAAUAGUUUAAUAUUUCAGCUUUAAAUGCGACUAAAUUUCAUCCUGCUUCAAGCAUGAUACAAUUUAUAACAUUUCUCAGAUUUAUCAAAUGCAUAAAUCCUAGUUAUUAAAAGUUAUCAUACAUAUCCAGUUAGUUACGGGAGGACAAAUUAACAGUGACACCAAAUAACUAUAAGAAAUUUGUAGAAAUAUUUCGUUUUAAUUUAAUGAUCGAGUUGUUGUACAUGUUUAUUAUUAACAAUUAUUCUGUAUAUAUUAACAUACUAGUCAAUGUCUUAAUGUGGGUUCUUUAUCAUUAUUAUUAUUUUUUUUUUCGAUUCGUGUCAUCAUAAUUCUAAAUUAAGGUUGACCAUUCAAUGUAAAUUUUAAUUCGAUGAUUAUCAAUUGAAUUUAUUAUUAUUUAUGAAUAUUAUUUGUUCAUGUAAAUAUUAUUAACAAUCAUCGAAAGCAAAAAAAAAAUGAAAAUAAUAGACAUAAUUCAAUUCGUUUCUUCUUUUUUGUUUAUUUUAAAUGACAAAUAUUUAAGGAGAAGUAAUAAUCAUUGCACUAAGAAAUACCUAUCAUAGCAAAUAUGAAUAAUCUAUUAUUUGUGUGUAUGUGUUUUUUCAAUACUUUGAAGAUUGUCGACGAAAGUGAUUUUUGAUAAAAUUAAACAAUAUAGAUUAUAAUAAAUAAUUUAUAAAUAUUUUAAUCCUUAUUAUAUCGAGCUAAUCAUAUCACCUUUGUCUACAAUUUUUAAAACGUUCUAAGAAUGAAUGAAAAUAUGUAUGUAAUUAUUUAAAUAUUUCAUAUCAUUCCAUUACUGUGUCUGGCCAAAUCGAUUCUUGUACAAAUAUCUGUAAAUGUAAAUGUAAAUACCGAUGAAUAUUUUUAGUAAUAAAUUUAAGAGGAACACGCAAAUAU